GUUUCCGGUAAAACUGGUUCCCUAGGCUGCCAGAUCCCUAAGAAAGUUUCUGCGACGCCCCCUUGGCGCCGCCCACGCCCAUGCAGUCUUUGGACUGAAGUGGCUACAACAGCUCUGGAGUUUCUGGGGACUCUUCCUUCUGCCUAUCCUGGGAUGCUCAGUCUUCUCCGUCUCUCAUCUGUUUUUGAAUCCUCAGAACCGCAAUUUUGGCAACGCAUUAGGCUCUGGGAAACACAUAAUCACAAACCAGGAUCAUCAUGUCACUCCUGCCUUUAUCCAUAACCUGCCUCUCCUGGAUUCUCCAUAAUAUUAAAUGGCAACACCAACCACCCAGUUACCUCAACUAUAAACAAAGCUAGGAGUAAAGUUUCAGGUAUGUCUUUAUCAACAACAUGAAAAUGAACUAAUACAGUAAACUGGUACCAGAAGAGUGAGGUGUUGCUGAAAACAUAUCGGAAAAUGUGGAAGCAACUUUGGAAGUGGGUAACAGGCAGAGGUUGGAAGAGUUUGGAGGGCUCAGAAGAAGACAGAAAUGUUUGGGAAAGUUUGGAACUUUUUAGAGACUUGUUGAGUGGCUUUGCCCAAAAUACUGAUAGCGAUAUGGACAUUAAGGUCCAGGCUGAGGUGGUCUCAGAUGCAGAUGAGGAACUUGUUGGGAACUGGAGCAAAGGUGACUCCUGUUACAUUUUAGCAAAGAGACUGGUGGCAUUUUGCCCCUGCUCUAGAGAUUUGUGGAACUUUAACCUUGAGAGAGAUGAUUUAGGGUAUUUGGUGGAAGAAAUUUCUAAGCAGGAAAGUAUUCAAGAGGUGACUUGGGUACUACUAAAGGCAUUCAGUUUUAUAAGGGAAGCAGAGCAUAAAAGUUCAGAAAAAUUGCAGCCUGACAAUGUGAUAGAAAAGAAAAAACCAUUUUCUGGGGAGAAAUUCAAGCUGGCUGCAGAAAUUUGCAUAAGUAGCAAGGAGCCUAAUGUUAAUCCCCAAGACCACGGGGAAAAUGUCUCCAUGUCAGAGACCUCCAGGCCAUGUCAGAGACCAUCACAGACCCAAAGGCCCAGGAGGAAAAAGUGGUUUUCUGGGCCAAGCCCAGGGUCCCUGUGCUGUAUGCAGCCUAAGGACUUGAUACUUUGUGUCACAGCCUCUCCAGCCAUGGCUGAAAGGGGCCAAUGUAGAGCUCGGGCUGUGGCUUCAGAGGAUGAAGCCCCAAGCCUUGGCAGCUUCCACAUGUUGUUGAGUCUGUGGGUGUACAGAAGUCAAGAAUUGAGAUUUGGGAACCUCUGCUUAGAUUUCAGAAGAUGUAUGGAAACACCUCGAUGCCCAGGCAAAAGUUUGUUGCAGGGGCAGGGCCCUCAUGGAGAACCUCUACUAGGGCAGCGUGGAAGAGAAAUAUGGGGUUGGAGGUCCCACACAGAGUCCCUACUGGGGCACUGCCUAGUGGAGCUGUGAGAAGAGGGCCACCAUCCUCCAGACCCCAGAAAGGUAGAUCCACCAACAGUUUGCACCGUGCACCUGGAAAAGCCACAGACACUCAACGCCAGCCUGUGAAAGCAGCCAGGAGGGAGGUUGUACCCUGCAAAGCCACAGGACCAGAGCUGCCCAAGACCGUGGGAACCCACCUCUUGCAUCAGUGUGACCUGGAUGUGAGACAUGGAGUCAAAGGAGAUGAUUUUGGAGCUUUAACAUUUGACUGCCCCACUGUAUUUUGGACUUGCGUGGGCCCUGUAACCCCUUUGUUUUGGCCAAUUUCUCCCACUUGGAAUGGCUGUGUUUAUCCAAUACCUGUACCCCCAUUGUAUCUAGGAAGUAACUAGCUUGCUUUUGAUUUUACAGGCUCAUAGGCAUAAGGGACUUGCCUUGUCUCAGAUGAGACUUCGGACUGUGGACUUUUGGGUUAAUGCUGAAAUGAGUUAAGACUUCGGGGGACUGUUGGGAAGGCAUGACUGAUUUUGAAAUGUGAGGACAUGAGAUUUGGAGGGGCCAGGGGCAGAAUGAUAUUGUUUUACUGUGUCUCCACCCACAUCUCAACUCGAAUUUUAUCUCUCAGAAUUCUCAUGUAUUGUGGGAGGGACCCCAGAGGAGGUAAUUGAAUCAUGGGGGCUGGUUUUUCCUUUGGUAUUCUUGUGAUAGUGAAUAAGUUUCACAAGAUCUGAUGGGUUUAUUGGGGGUUUCCACUUUUGCUUCUUCCUCAGUUUUCUCUUGCCGCUGCCAUUUAAGAAGUGCCUUUCGCCUCCUGCCAUGAUUCUGAGGCCACCCCAGCCACGUGGAACUGUAAGUCCAAUUAAACGUCUGUUUGUUCCCA